AUGGAAAUUUAUAGAGACGAAAUAGACAGUAUCAAACAUGGAAAAUCGUUACAUAACAACAGUUCUCUCUCGCAACUAUCGCCCAUACUUGAUGUUGAUGAUACCUUAAGAGUUGGUGGUCGCUUACGAAACUACAAAGAUUGUUCAGAUCUUUCAAAACAUCCUAUUAUCUUACCAAAACAUCACCAUAUAUCAUUACUUAUUGUUCGACACUUCCAUGAAAAAGUGGCUCAUCAAGGCAGAAGCCUCACAGAUGGUGCUAUCCGUACAGCUGGUUUUUGGAUUUUAGGCAGUCGUCGUUUAGUUUCUUCAUUGCUGCAUAAAUGUGUGAUAUGUCGUAAGCUUCGUGGUUGUUUCGGUUGUCAGCAAAUGGCAGAUUUGCCUCAGGACAGAUUGACACCAUCACCGCCAUUUACAUUCGUCGGUGUUGACACUUUUGGCCCAUGA